CGACAACAGACCGGGCAGUAAUGCCUCGUGGUUGCAAAUGGCAACGAUAUCUCUCGGCAUUCUCCGAAGAUGCCGAUGUCCAGACAAUGCUCUCAUGCAAGCUCCGUACAAUCGGAAGCACCGACAGCUUAGUCGGCAAUCUCACGACGUACCAAAUUGAGAAAAUCACUGCCAUGAAAUUGGAGUGCAGUGACGUGCUAUUUUUCGAGAGUUCGCUCGAGGGAACUGCACAAAAUUCCGCAGCUGGUGCCUUCCUCGGAACGCUGAAACGACUACGAGAUUUACGGAUAGAAUAUUGUAAAAUCCGUUAUGUGCCUUCGAUGAUUUUCUCGAAUUUGCGUGACUUGCGAUCGCUCUCGUUGCGUACACACAACAGCGAUUGGAGUGCCAUGAGUCUCGAAUUUCAUCCGGAAAGUUUCCGGGGACUCACAGAGCUUAAGAUGCUCGAUUUGUCCGAUAAUAAUAUUUGGGCGCUUCCAACUGAUGUCUUCUGUCCUUUAUACUCCUUGAGAUUUUUAAAUCUCACUCGUAAUCGUUUAUCCGAUAUUACAAGUCUCGGAUUCUCAGAUUGGGGUAAUGGACCAACAGCGCCCGGAAAAGCUUGCAAUACGGGACUUGAAGUGCUCGAUUUAAGUCGAAAUGAUUUAAGCAAGAUGCCCGAUAAUGGUCUCACAGCACUUCGCAGCUUACAAACAUUAAAUAUCCAAGAUAAUGCAUUGUCGAAUUUGGCAGACAGAUCAUUUGUGGGUCUUGGAGCUCUCAAAGUACUCAACAUCUCGAAUAAUUUACUUACAAUUUUGCCUCCGGAAUUAUUCCAAAGUCCGAGACAAUUAGAACAAUUGUACUUGCAAAAUAAUUCUUUGAGUGUUUUGGCACCCGGUUUACUUGAAGGCUUGGAUCGUCUUAUUACUCUCGAUUUAUCACACAACGAAUUAAGCAGCGAAUGGGUGAAUCGUGAUACAUUUGCAGGACUUGUACGUUUAGUCGUGCUAAAUUUGGGCUACAAUGUUCUCACAAAAAUCGAUCAUCACGUUUUCCGAGGCCUAAUUCAAUUACAAAUUUUGAAUUUGGAACACAACAGCAUCGAAGUGAUUGCCGACAAUGCAUUUGUUGAUUUGAAAAAUUUACAUGCACUCACAUUAUCGCACAACAGAUUAAAACGUAUCGAAGCACAUCACUUGAGCGAUUUGUAUGUGUUGACACAAUUAUUCUUGGAAUCGAACCAAAUUGACACGAUACACGGGCGCGCAUUCGAGAAUUUGACAAAUUUGAAUGACCUCAGCUUGAACGACAACCAAUUAGGGCAAAUUCCUGACGGCCUAAACAAAUUGCGUUUCCUCAAGUCACUCGAUUUGGGCAAGAAUCAAAUUACCGAAGUGCGUAACGAAAGUUUCGAAGGCUUGGAACAAUUAUUGGGACUUCGUUUAGUCGAUAAUCACAUCACAAAUAUCUCGAAAGAUGCUUUCGUUACAUUAUCGUCUUUGCAUGUGCUGAAUCUCGCUUCAAAUCGCAUCAAGAAUGUCGACUCGAAUGCAUUUACGAGUAAUCCAACAAUUCGUGCCAUUCGCUUGGAUAACAACGAACUCGAAGACAUCAAGGGAAUUUUCAACAAUCUUCCGACACUCGUGUGGCUCAAUGUCAGUGAUAAUAAUAUUCAGUAUUUCGACUACAGCAGUCUUCCAUCGUCUCUCGAAUGGUUAGACAUGCACGAAAAUCAAAUAAGUGAACUUGCCGAUUAUUAUGGACAAAAAGAAAAUUUAAAGUUAAAAAUGCUCGAUGUGUCAUUCAAUCGCAUCACAAAAGUGUCAGAACAAACAGUGCCAAACAGUAUUGAAACGUUAUUCUUGAACAAUAAUUUAAUUGAAGAGGUAGCUGCAGGCACCUUCUUGAAGAAGAAAAAUAUCGAAAAAGUUGUGUUAUACGCCAAUUUUAUUCGUCGCAUGGAAAUUGCAGCAAUUGCUCUUUCCCGCAUCCCCGACCACAAAGAAAUGCCACAGUUUUUCAUUGGAGAUAAUCCAAUUUUGUGUGAUUGUCACAUGGAUUGGUUGCAAAGUAUCAACGAAUUGUCUCACUUGCGCCAACAUCCUCGUAUCAUGGAUUUGGAUGCCGUCGUUUGUCACAUGGAACACGAACGCGGCGAUAUGUUACGUCCCCUCAUGGAAGUCAAUCCAAAAGAUUUCCUUUGUCGCUACGAAACACACUGCUAUUCUACCUGUCAUUGUUGCGACUUUGAUGCUUGUGACUGUAAAAUGACGUGCCCUGAUCGUUGCAAUUGUUAUCACGAUCAUACUUGGGGAAGUAAUAUUGUCGAUUGCGGAAAUGCCGGAUACUCGAGUGUUCCUGAAAAAAUCCCCAUGGAUGCUUCGACAAUUUAUUUGGAUGGCAAUGACUUGAACGAAUUAUCAAGUCACAUGUUUAUCGGAAAGAAAAAAUUGGAAGUGCUUUUCUUAAACAACAGCAACAUUGGAUCGAUUCAUAACAGAACAUUCAGCGGUAUUCCCGGCUUGAAAGUUUUGCACAUGGAAAAUAAUAAUUUGAAGGAAUUACGUGGAUAUGAAUUUGAUCAACUCGUCAACAUGAAUAAGUUGUAUUUGGACCACAAUGCAAUCCAAUUCGUGAGUAAUCGUACAUUCAACAACUUGAAAAAAUUGGAAGUGCUUAAUUUGAAUGACAAUAAAAUUAAUAACUUUACGCCAUGGACUCAAUUGUCGGCAGCAAGCGAAACUGGCGCAUUGACAAAAGUCUCGUUGGAUGGCAUUAAAUGGGAUUGUACUUGCGACCAAUUAUUCAAGUUGCAGGAGUGGAUUAAAGACAUGUCAAAUGAGUAUGACUUGAACCGCAUGAUAUGCUUGGAUGAUCGUGUCGUUGGCGAUGUCGUCAUUAGCUGCAUGGAUAACAAACAACAUGAACGCGCAAUUGCCACACCUGCUGUGCAUCGUACCGUAAUCUAUCAGAACCCGCUAAUUGGCGGCGGAUAUAUUCCCCUCCUCGCUGCUGUCUUGGUUGCUAUCAUUGGCACAGCACUUGUCUUCGCACUUAUCUGUGUCUUCCGUCAAGAUGUUCGUUUGUGGGCUCAUGCGAAAUAUGGCUUGCGCUUAUUCAAAGACCCAUCAUUAGCAGCAGGCGAUAACGAAGAAAAGGACAAACUUUAUGACAGCUAUGUCAUUUACAGUUUACGCGAUCAACAAUUUGUCACACAUACCAUCGCUGGCGGUUUACAAUUCUACGGAUACACUACUUGUUUACAUCAUCGUGACAUCCAUUCAACAACUUUCCUCGCCGAUUCAUUACAAAGUGCAGCUGAUGCUUCUCGUCGCAUCAUUUUAACGCUUUCGAUGAACUUUAUCAAGAACGAAUGGCAACAACCGCAAUUCCAAGUUGCUCUCCAAUCACUCAUCGAAAGUAUUCGUCCCAAUCAACGUCGUCACAAACUUGUGCUCAUCCUCUUGGCACCCGUUGACCUCAUCGCCUUGGAUCCCAUCAUGCAAAUUCUCAUCCGCACAUGCACCGUCAUCUGUUGGGGCGAAAAACGCUUCUGGGAUAAGCUGCGUUUCGCCUUGCCUGACAUCAACUCCGAUCGGAGCAUCAAAAAAAUGGGCAACAUUACACGAAGCCCAAAUCUACGAUACACGCCAGCACCAACAACUGUAGAUACGUGGUGCAAAAUGUCGCGUCCCGGGCAUGCAGUGUCAAUUCCCGUGCCGCACAGUCAUCAAAAUACGCCGUCACAAAGUACGUGUAACACGGAAGACGAAAGCGCCUCUUCCGGAGCUGGAUCUCAACACUACGAGGCACCCAUGGUAGGCAGUCAAAUUUACUCGAGUCGCAGUCAAAAUUCACUCGGGCACGUUUACUCAACGAUUCCCGAAACGCCACAAAUGAUUCGAGGAUGCGCCGGCACAAUGGAUCCCCGCAAUGCAGGAGGUAACAGAGCUUAUUUUGUAUAA